AUCUCCAAUUGACUCUUUGGGCAUUAUAGCCGAGAGCCGAGAUCCAGCGACAGCGACGACAAGUUUUCCGCGCACACGGAAAGUCAGCAAGCUAAAGUAACCCGAUAAAUACAUAUAUCUCACAGAUCGGACCCAUCGGUUUUGCCCGCAACUAAUUUCUCAGUGACUUCACGCGUGUUCAUCGAUCGCAGUGAAAAUCCAAUAAAAUUAUACACCAAACAAACAGCUAAAAGUCGCGCUUAAACUUUUUCGAAAUUAAAUAAAACACACACACGAAUUUCAGCCACGAAGAGGAAGAGAAGGCUGAAAAGGCGAAAAAAACGGCCGUGUGUGUGAGUGAGUAUCUGUGCGUGUGUGAGUGCGAGAGUGUAUCUGUGUGUCGUCGCCUCUCUCCGAGAGCCGAGCUUUGUGUGCUUGUGUGCGUUCGAGCCGAGCUGGAAUGAGACGCCAUCAAAGCUGAGCAGCGAAUAAAAAAUGCAAAAUAAAAAUAGUGAUUAAUAACAGCAGCCAGAACCAGCAGCAACAACAAUGCUAGUGCGGAAAAGCGCGUGAAAAAUAGUGGAAAUACGCGGCGAAAAAAAGUAGAGAUACAAACGCAAUAUUGAUUCGAAAACGCAAAUGCCAGGCGAAACGCCCCCGAAACGACCCGCCCUCUGCCCCCCAACUUUGCGCCCCUUAGUGUUCAGCAGCAGCAGCAUGAGUAAGAAGCGGAGCAACAACGAAUGUUAGGCCAAAAUGCACAAACUGACAGUCAACAACAGCCACAGCUCCAGCUCCACAUACCACAAAGAGUGGCACAUUAGAAGCGGCCAAAAGCAGCCAGCCAAGAGCAUUGUGUAAGCCAGAGCCAAGAGGCCCAGAGAGCCAGGCCGAAAAGCCCCCCGACGCACAGCAACAACAGCACAAAGAGUGGCGAAAGGUGCACCCACCAGCAAAACAGCAAAACAGCAACAACGGAGCCACAACAGUUCAGCAGCCACUUUUCAGUUCCAGCUCCAGACUCCCAGGUUGCAGACUCCUCAGACUCCUGACACCAAGCACCAGGCUCCAAGCUCCCUCCUAAGAUCCAGCUCCAGUUCCAGCGAUCCAGCGAUCCACUGUUCCAGCGUGCUCGAGUGCCAUAGAUCCUCACCAAGUGCCAAAAUCCGCAUCCUGAUCCAAUCUGAGAUCCCGAGAGCUCAAGGCACCCGGCCCAAAACUGAGCUGAGAACGAAGCGAAGGAAGUUCCUUAGUGCCAUAGAAUGCGGUAAUUGAAACAGCGACAACGACAGACCAAGAGCAACUAACCGGAACCGAGAGAACUUAAGACAAACCACAGAGUGCCUUCCAUCAAUCAACCCGUUGAUACACACAAGUGAUAUUUAUUAUGUUUAUACUUGCCAGCAAUAGCAACAGCCACCACAGGGGAUCGCAGGAUCGAUGAUCAGACCUCGACCACGACCAAGUCCUAGUGCAAUCCGGAAUCCAGUUCAAAUUAGUUCAGUAAGCCGCGGCUACAGCAAAUAAUGUCCACAUCCACCGCCACAACGAGCGUAAUCACGUCCAACGAGCUCUCGCUGUCCGGCCACGCCCACGGCCACGCCCACGGUCACGGGCACGCCCACCAGUUGCACCAGCACUCCCACAACCGCCUUGGAGUGGGCGUAGGUGUGGGAAUCCUCAGUGACGCCUCCCUCUCGCCCAUCCAGCAGGGCAGUGGCGGCGGCAACGGCGGCGGAGGAGGAGGUAACUCCAACAACAACAGUUCACCGCUGGCGCCCAACGGCGUGCCGCUCCUGACCACCAUGCACCGAUCCCCGGACUCACCGCAGCCGGAGCUGGCCACCAUGACGAAUGUGAAUGUCCUGGACCUGCACACGGAUAACUCGAAGCUGUACGACAAGGAGGCUGUCUUUAUCUACGAAACCCCCAAGGUGGUCAUGCCAGCGGAUGGCGGGGGUGGCAACAACUCCGAUGAGGGUCACGCCAUCGAUGCUCGGAUUGCGGCCCAAAUGGGCAACCAGGCGCAGCAGCAACAGCAGCAGCAGCAGCAGCAACAGCAGCAGGCGGAGCACCAGCCGCUGGCCAAGAUCGAGUUCGACGAGAACCAGAUCAUCCGGGUGGUGGGGCCCAACGGCGAGCAGCAGCAGAUCAUCUCGCGGGAGAUCAUCAACGGGGAGCACCACAUCCUGUCGCGCAACGAGGCUGGUGAGCACAUCCUCACCCGGAUCGUCAGCGAUCCCUCCAAGCUGAUGCCCAACGACAACGCGGUGGCCACGGCCAUGUACAACCAGGCCCAGAAGAUGAACAACGAUCACGGGCAGGCGGUCUAUCAGACAUCCCCCCUGCCCCUGGACGCCUCCGUGCUGCACUACAGCGGGGGCAAUGACUCCAAUGUGAUCAAGACGGAGGCGGACAUCUACGAGGACCACAAGAAGCACGCGGCUGCCGCGGCCGCAGCUGCCGCCGGUGGAGGCUCCAUCAUCUACACCACCUCGGAUCCGAAUGGCGUGAAUGUGAAGCAGCUGCCCCACCUGACGGUGCCCCAAAAACUGGAUCCCGAUCUGUAUCAGUCCGAUAAGCACAUAGAUUUGAUCUACAACGACGGCAGCAAGACGGUGAUCUACUCCACCACGGACCAGAAGGGCCUGGAACUGUACUCGGGCGGCGACAUCAGCAGCCUGGUGUCCGAUGGCCAAGUGGUGGUCCAGGCGGGGCUGCCGUACGCCACCACCACCGGAGCCGGCGGACAGCCCGUCUACAUUGUGUCCGACGGCGCCUUGCCAGCGGGAGUCGAGGAGCAUCUGCAGAGCAGUGGAAAGCUCAAUGGCCAGACCACACCUAUCGACGUAUCUGGCCUAUCGCAAAAUGAGAUUCAAGGCUUUCUGCUCGGCUCGCACACCUCGUCGUCGGCGACGGUCACCACAACCGGCGUUGUCUCCACGACAACGAUCUCGCAUCACCAGCAGCAGCAGCAGCAGCAGCAACACCAGCAGCAGCAGCAUCCCGGCGAUAUUGUGAGUGCCGCUGGCGUGGGGAGCGCGGGCUCGAAUGCCUCCUCGGCGGUGCAGCAGCAGCAGCUAAUUAGCAUCAAACGGGAGCCCGAAGACUUGCGCAAGGAUCCUAAGAAUGGCAACAUCGCCGGUGCAACAACGGCCAACGGACCGGGCUCGGUCAUAACGCAAAAGAUCUUGCUCGUGGAUGCAGCAGCGGCAAGUGAAGCUGAUAGGCCCAGCAGAACCACUAGCACCACCAGCAGUUGCAGCAGCACAGGCUCAGGCUCAGGAUCAGGACCGCCGGAAGCCAGGAGGACGGACAACGCCACACUAGAGAUGUAUGCAACCACGGGCGGCACACAGAUCUACCUACAGACCUCACAUCCCAGCACGGCGAGCGGAGCGGGCGGCGGUGCGGGUCCGGCCGGAGCAGCCGGCGGUGGCGGCGGCGGAGGCGUCUCCAUGCAGGCCCAGAGUCCCAGUCCGGGUCCCUACAUCACGGCCAAUGAUUACGGCAUGUACACGGCCUCCAGGCUGCCACCAGGUCCCCCGCCCACCAGCACCACCACCUUCAUAGCGGAGCCCUCCUACUACCGGGAGUACUUCGCCCCCGAUGGCCAGGGUGGCUAUGUGCCGGCCAGCACGAGGAGUCUGUACGGCGAUGUGGACGUCUCCGUGUCGCAACCCGGCGGAGUGGUCACCUACGAAGGCCGCUUUGCCGGCAGCGUUCCCCCGCCCGCCACCACCACCGUGCUCACCAGUGUGCACCACCACCACCAACAGCAGCAGCAGCAACAGCAGCAACACCACCAGCAGCAGCAGCAACACCAUCCGCAGGAUGGCAAGAGCAAUGGGGGUGCCACGCCCCUCUACGCCAAGGCCAUCACAGCGGCGGGUCUCACGGUGGAUCUGCCCAGUCCGGACUCGGGCAUCGGCACGGAUGCCAUCACACCGCGGGAUCAGACCAAUAUACAGCAGUCCUUCGACUACACGGAGCUGUGUCAGCCGGGCACGUUGAUCGACGCCAAUGGCAGCAUACCCGUCAGCGUGAACAGCAUCCAGCAGAGGACGGUGGUCCAUGGCAGCCAGAACAGCCCCACCACCUCCCUGGUGGACACCAGCACCAACGGAUCCACGCGGUCGCGGCCCUGGCACGACUUUGGGCGCCAGAACGAUGCCGACAAAAUACAAAUACCAAAAAUCUUCACAAACGUGGGCUUCCGAUAUCACCUGGAGAGCCCCAUCAGCUCGUCGCAGAGGCGCGAGGACGAUCGCAUCACCUACAUCAACAAGGGUCAGUUCUACGGAAUCACGCUGGAGUACGUGCACGAUGCGGAAAAGCCCAUCAAGAACACCACCGUCAAGAGUGUGAUCAUGCUAAUGUUCCGCGAGGAGAAGAGCCCCGAGGAUGAGAUCAAGGCCUGGCAAUUCUGGCACAGUCGUCAGCAUUCCGUGAAGCAGAGAAUCUUGGAUGCAGAUACAAAGAACUCGGUUGGCCUCGUUGGCUGCAUCGAGGAAGUGUCGCACAAUGCCAUCGCCGUCUACUGGAAUCCGCUGGAAAGCUCCGCCAAGAUCAACAUUGCGGUUCAGUGCUUGAGCACGGACUUCAGCAGUCAAAAGGGAGUUAAGGGCCUGCCGCUGCACGUACAAAUCGACACAUUCGAGGACCCCAGAGAUACGGCGGUCUUCCACCGCGGCUACUGUCAGAUAAAGGUCUUCUGCGAUAAGGGCGCCGAACGCAAGACGCGCGACGAGGAGCGACGGGCCGCCAAGCGAAAGAUGACAGCCACGGGCAGAAAGAAGCUGGACGAGCUGUACCAUCCGGUGACGGAUCGGUCCGAGUUCUACGGCAUGCAGGACUUCGCCAAGCCGCCGGUGCUGUUCUCGCCCGCCGAGGACAUGGAGAAGGUAGGUCAGCCGGGCAUUGGCGCUGGCUCCGGCAUGACAUUCAACCCCCUGAGCAACGGCAACUCCAACUCCAACUCGCACUCGUCCUUGCAGAGCUUCUACGGCCAUGAGACUGACUCGCCGGACCUGAAGGGGGCCUCGCCGUUCCUGCUCCAUGGCCAGAAGGUGGCCACGCCGACGCUCAAGUUCCACAACCACUUUCCGCCCGACAUGCAGACCGAUAAGAAGGACCACAUCCUGGACCAGAACAUGCUGACCAGCACCCCGCUGACCGACUUCGGUCCUCCGAUGAAGCGCGGCAGGAUGACACCACCCACUUCGGAGCGCGUAAUGUUGUAUGUGCGGCAGGAGAACGAGGAGGUCUACACGCCGCUCCACGUGGUACCGCCCACCACCAUCGGCCUUCUGAAUGCGAUUGAAAACAAAUACAAAAUCUCAACAACCAGCAUAAAUAACAUUUAUCGCACAAACAAGAAGGGGAUUACUGCGAAAAUUGACGAUGACAUGAUAUCGUUCUACUGCAACGAGGACAUCUUCCUGCUGGAGGUGCAACAGAUCGAGGACGACCUGUACGACGUGACGCUCACGGAGCUGCCGAACCAGUAGCCCUGGCCGUUCGGGUAGCUCCCCCGGGGGAAAACACACUCAAAAUACACAAAACACGGACACAACAAGUUGUUUCAAUAAGCCAUUUUCCAUAGAGCCUAAGUCUAAUAUCAUAGUUGUAGUGGGACCGCAGAACCAAUCGAGCAAAUUGCUACCGGAAGUUAAAAAGCUAACACAAUACAUAAAUGUAAAAUGAUAUAUGUACACGUACACUUAAAUUCGAUUUAGUUAUUUAGCAACAAUGAGAUUAUCGAAAAUUGUUUGAUCAAAUUCUACACUCUCGCUAUGUCUAUAGAUACUUGUAAGCCCUAAUCGUAGUCGUAGCCGUGUACUUAUGCUCACAUAUCGCACCAUAUAUGUGGGCUGAGUGCAAGGGGUCUGUCCAGUAGGAAGUAAGUCUCGUUUCGCUCCCCUGCUUAUGCUAAGACCUUAGGUCCAGGGCAAGUAAGAGUUACAGAAUCUAUCUUUUAGGUGUAUCCAACGGAACCAUUAGCUCUACACGAAAUUUAGACCGUAGGCGUACUGUAAUCAUUUUGUAUGUUCGGCUUAAGCGUUUUACUUGUUGAAUAUAAAUUGUAAAAUUAUUUUCGAAAAACCCACACAAAACACAAAUCGUUUGUUCUAUAUUUCUGUUUCAAAACUAACUCGUUACCCCUCCCCCGAAACACAAUCCUCCACCUCUGUUAUGUAUAAUUAGGAUCUCUGUACACAAAAACGUAAAGAUGAAAACUUUGACGAACAAAAAGCAAAACAUUUGGCAAAAACGCUCUCGAAGUAGUUAUCCUUAAAUCUAGAUAUACACCUAGAGAUAAGAACACUCUGCAAUAAAACAUGUUGAUACAAAUCGUAGUUAAGUCCAAGCUAAGGCAAAAACAAAAUCGCAAAAAAAAGAGAACUUUAAAAAAAUUUGUGUGCAUUUGUUGAAAAACAAAAAAAUAUCUAAAGAACAAUAAUCAGCCGAGAAAGUUGAUUCAAAACUAAGACAAUUUAAUCAAGAAUCAAGAAUCGAUAAUCAACGGUAGCACCACAAAGGAUCGCAACAUUCGUAUGAAUAGAGAGACAGAUAUAUAUGAUAUGUGUAGGGAUGUAGGGAUAUGUCGCAUAGCUCGAAUGCGUUUACAAUCUUUGUUUGCCAUAAUUAACAGUUUAAUUUAAUUAACGAAAUGUUUUGUGUACAAUGUUGUUUGAAUUCAAGCAGAGACUUCACCGCGAGAUUUGCUUGGAACUACGAAUACUCCGCAUCGAUUGCUACAAUUUUGAACAGUACGAGUUCAAUGCUCAAUAUUAUUAUUAAUUGUUUAUUAAUUUUAGUCCCCCCUAACUUCUCCCCAACAAUGCUCUGUUUCUUCUUCUUUCGCCUCUCUUUAACUCUUUUUGUGAGGCGGAAAAAUCCACGUUUUCCACUUGACAUUUCCGGUGUUGUACAUCACAAUUUGUUUUUAAUUUUAGCCCUUAGUUCUAAAAGUACUAUUCAAGAAUACACAACAUAUGAUAUGAAAUGAGAGGAGAUAAGAGAUAUGAGAGGAUGUGAAAUGAUGAUGAUGAAUCGAAAAUCUUGCCGGCAUGUUAUAAUUCUUUACGUUUAGUUACCGUAACCCUUAAGUUCUACGCUCUUUCUAUAUAUUGUAUACACAAAACAUACACAUAUAUUUUAAAAGCCAAUAAUUUAUUUUUUGUUACUGUUGGAAAACGAUUCCGCGAAAAAUAGAAAAGCGAAAAAACCACAAAAAAAACGUGAAAUGCAACUGAGAAAAAGUGACACUCCAUCAAGUGCAUGUCCAACUUGAGAAAUUAUUAAAAGAGACAAGCAAACAAAAUAAAACAAUUGUACAAUAUAAUUAUAAUGAAUACACGACAUUUAAAUAAAGAACAAAAAGUAAAA